AACGAGAAGUGCGAUCGAUCAUAACCUCAAUAUAUUAGCAAACAAAGUGAAGUGAAUAUUUUCGAAUUGGGGUAAGAACCGGUGACCCAGAGUGAGCUGUUAUAAAACUGCACUCGCGCACAGCUUCUUCGAAAAUUCCCAACCGAUAAAAGCACCAUUAUAAAUCCACAAUGGACCUUUUGUGCACGGAAAACAUAAUACACGAGUAUGAAACGGAAACAUUGUGUCACCACCAACAAACUCUACAAAAACAGUCAACGUCGUCGUCGCCGUUAAAAACAGAACAAAAACAGAUCCAUCAAUCCGCAAUAAGCAACAGCAGCAACAGCAAUAUCUCGCCAACGUCGCUGUAUUCCAGCAGCUCAUCGUUGUCAUCGUCCAGCUGUUGCUCUUCAACGACAAACUCAUCGGGAUACAAUUCGACCGGCAGCAGCAGUAGUAGCAGCAGCAGUGCCAGCAGUUGUCACUCGUCCAAGCUGACAUGUGAGGAGAGUGCCAACUCGGCUUAUUUGGAAACAUGUGCUCCAACACAGCACCAACAACCGGCUCAUCAAAACAACUCCUCCUCGUGCUCCGGCAGUGUGACAUCAUCAACAGGACAAAAUGUCUACACAAAUCACUUGAUACAUCGUUCUUUGGACUAUGUCAAUACCGCGACAGAAGAUCCAACAUUUUUGACCGAUCGCUGCCUGGAAAAUGCCCUAAAGGCUGAAGAGAAGAGACCCCAGCCAAUUUGUACGUAUUUCAAGACGAUACAAAAGGACAUUACCCCGCCGAUGAGAAAAAUUGUGGCCGAGUGGAUGAUGGAGGUCUGUGCCGAGGAGAAAUGCCAAGAAGAAGUUGUACUUUUGGCCCUCAACUACAUGGAUCGCUUCCUGUCCACAAAAUCGGUGCGAAAAACACAUUUACAAAUUCUAGCUGCUGCCUGCCUCCUGCUUGCCUCAAAACUACGUGAACCCAGUUGUCGGGCAUUGUCUGCCGAACUGUUGGUAUUCUACACAGAUAACAGUAUACACAAAGCCGAUUUGAUUAAAUGGGAACUAUUCGUUCUUAGUCGUUUGGGCUGGGAUUUGUCAUGUGUCACACCACUGGACUUCUUGGAAUUGUUGCUGAUACGUUUGCCCAUCAGAAGUGCUGACUAUCCCGAUUUGGAUGUGGACAAAGUGCGACAACAUGCCCAGGCGUUCAUAUCGUUAGCAGCCAAAGAACACCACUUCUCAAUGUACUCUGCCAGCACCAUAGCAGCUUCUUCAAUAGCGGCUGCCCUCAGUGGAUUGAAUUGGCAUUUGCGUACGGGUCAAAAUUUACGCUAUUUACUUAAUCUUUUAACUGAUUUAACCAGUGUGGAACAGGAUAAUCUUCAUGAUUGUAUGAUGCAAAUGGAAACAAUAUUCGAGGAACAUAGUCGCAAUUUACAACCGUAUUUAGGUAGCGUGGAAUAUGCUGCUCAUCAGCAACAUCAAAGCAAUAAUUGUUUGAGUUCAUCCGAUAUCAGUUCGGCGUCAACACUGUCGUCGCCUGGAGAUGUUAUUACAGUUUCGCCCACCAUUGGAAAUCAAUCUCAAUAUAACCAUAAUCAGAGUCAUCAUCAUUAUCUUCAUAACUAUCAUGGUUACCACCAUGACAGCAAAAGCAACCACCACCAGCAGCAACAACAACAGUACAAUCAUGUUUAUCAGCAGCAGCAACAUCACUUCAAAUCUCUACAUCAUCAUUCCACAGUGUCCACUUCUAUUUCCGCCAACUCACCUUCGUCGUCAUCAACAACAUCGAACCAUGGUGGUGUGGUCAGUGGCAGUGUCACUGCCAAUGUCUUAUUACCCGAUUUAACGCAAACCUGCAAAAUGCAGGCUAAUGCCCAAAAAGAGGUGCAGGAUAUAAAAUUCUAAGUCGUAUAUUUAAGUUUUAUUUUUUAUUAUUAUUAUUAUGAUUUUUUUUUAUCAUUUAACAACACAAUUUUGUUAAUUGUUAUGUUUAAGGAA